AAUCCGUAGCCAACAUGAGUGGCAACUCGCCGGUGGUGUACUUCUACGACCCGGAGGUCGGGAACUUCCACUACGGUCCGGGACACCCGAUGAAACCGCAGCGCCUGGCGGUCACCCACUCCCUGGUCCUCAACUACGGCCUCUACAAGAAGAUGAACGUCUAUAAGCCCUACAGAGCCACGUAUCACGACAUGUGCCGCUUCCACACCGAGGAGUACAUCCAGUUCCUCAAUCAGGUGACGCCCAGCAAUGUCACUGAGUUCACCAAAUGUCUGUCCAGUUUCAACGUCGGCGACGACUGUCCCGUCUUCGAGGGUCUCUACGACUUCUGUUCGCGAUAUACCGGCGCUUCACUACAGGGCGCCGCUAUGCUCAACAACAACCAGUGCGAUAUCGCCAUCAACUGGUCCGGAGGUCUACAUCACGCCAAGAAGUUCGAGGCCUCGGGUUUCUGUUACGUGAACGACAUUGUCAUCGCUAUACUGGAGCUCCUGAAGCACCACCCGAGGGUCCUCUACAUCGACAUCGACAUACAUCACGGCGACGGCGUUCAGGAGGCCUUCUACCUCACGGAUCGGGUGAUGACCGUAUCGUUUCACAAGUACGGCAACUACUUCUUCCCGGGAACGGGCGAUAUGUAUGAGACGGGUCUCGAGUCGGGCCGCUAUUACAGCCUAAACGUACCGCUCAAGGAGGGCAUUGACGACAACUCCUAUGCCUUUGUGUUCAAACCGGUGGUCACGGAAGUGAUCAAAUGCUUCCAGCCGUCGGCUAUAGUACUCCAGUGCGGCGCCGACUCCCUGGCCAGCGACCGGUUGGGCUGUUUUAACCUGUCGUUCAAAGGUCACGGAGAGUGCGUGAAGUUCGUGAAGGAUCUGAAGCUACCGUUGCUGGUGUUGGGCGGCGGCGGCUAUACCUUGAGGAACGUCGCCCGGUGUUGGACUUACGAGACGAGUCUACUGCUGGACGAGACCAUCAGCAAUGAGAUCCCAUACAUGGAGUACUUCGAGUACUUCGCGCCCGACUUCACGCUCCUGUCCGAUAAGGGCGGCAAUGAUAACCCCCAUAACGCCAACUCCCGCACCUAUUUGGAGAACAUACUGAAGUACGUGUCGGAGAACCUC